GGGACAAAAGCCACCUUUUGUCCCGGGCCCAAAGGUAACCGGGACAAAUGGCCUGGAAUAAAGACUUAUUCUGUAGCAGUGUCUCUGGCUCUAUAAAAGAGGAGGCUCUGCACCCGACAGUCUCCCCUCUUCCUUCCUUCCUUCCCUUUGCAAUUAAUCAUCACUCGUCCUCUCUCUUCACUGCUCGCUCUAGAGCCCUACCUGUUGUGAGGUUGGCAUCCAUGGCCGGCAGCAGCAGCAGCAGUAGCUCGUCGCCCUGCGCAUCGUGCAAGCUGCUGCGGCGGCGGUGCACCCAGGAGUGCGUGUUCGCGCCCUACUUCCCUCCUGAGGAUCCUCACAAGUUUGCCAUCGUCCACAAGGUCUUUGGCGCCAGCAAUGUCAGCAAGAUGCUUCAGGAGCUGCCUGCUCAGCAGAGGGCGGACGCUGUGAGCAGCCUGGUGUACGAGGCCAACGCACGGAUGAGGGACCCGGUCUACGGCUGCGUCGGCGCCAUCUCCUACCUCCAGCAGCAGGUUUCCCAGCUCCAGGUGCAGCUCGCCCUUGCCAAGGCCGAGAUCCUCUGCGUCCAUGCAACUGCUUCAUCAUCACCACAAUCGCCAUCGCAACAACGUCAGCAGCAGAUCAUGGAAAGCGAGGCUUAUGUUAGUAGCUUGCUCAUGCAAAAUACCCUGAUGAACAGCAGUAGUGCCGCUCAUCAUCAGCAGCAGAUGUUGGGCAGCAGCUUGGGUUCCUCGGGGAGCACUGCAACUGCUGCAAUGAUGCUGCAGGAGGCGUGCCUCAAGAAAGAGUCCCUCUGGGCGUGAACUUUAUAUGUACCUCAAUUUGUCGAUACGGACGUCAAUAUUUCUGCCCACUUCUGUUAUUUUCCGAAAAGAUGGGGAAUUGAUACAUACAGGAGAUAAUUGGGUCCUCACAUGAGCAUCAUAAUCUCUCCAUUUUUACUCAAAGCUAUAGAUUAAGAGUUAAUAAGACAAAA